UUUUGGCUGUGACUAAUGUUUAAUAGGAGUGAUGCAGCAAAAUCUUCCUAAAACUGAAUUCCAGUAUGAUGAAUAGCCUACAAUGCUGUGGUUUUUCGGGGUUAAUUCUCCAGUAAUGCCUUGCCUUGGGCUGAGGCACAGCUGAGCGCAGUGACGGGCACUUAGGUCUGAACGGAUCAGGUUUCAAUGUCGCGUGGAGAUCUCAGCCCAGAUCCAGUCCUUUGGGAAACAGGGCCCAGCCCUGGGUGCUCUGAAGGCAGUUCCGGGGUUAUGGCUGGGUUGGACCAAAAGGUGUGCAUCCUUUUGUCCUCAGCUUGCCUUGCACCUUCCAGUCACACCAGUAUCCACCAAGCCGGGAUGCAGUGGAGCCCAGUGUGCCGGCACGGGCGGGGACAGGGGCUCGGGGCGGCUCCCCGGCCAGCGGCCCCGCUGGGCUCCGGGCAAGCCUCGGACUGCUGGAGUGGGGCACGAGGCGCUGCUGGCCCAGCAACGGGGGCAGGGUGAGCAGCCGGGGCUGGUUAACGUCCCUGGACUGCGGCUCAGAGGAGCGGGCGGCCUGUAGGGGAGACUGGCGGUAACGGGGGAGAAGCUGCUGCAAGGGCAGGAUGCUGGAGAGCCGGUGAUGACCCAGACGGUGUUCCCUGGGAAGGACGCGCCGGUCUGGCCGAGCGGACACCCAAACGGAGGAAAGUGGUGACACAGCUGGAUGCAUGUCCAACAGCAUGGAAAGGCGUUUGAUGAAAGCCAUGGGACUGUGUGAUCUUUCCACCAUGUUUGGGAAAAAGAAGAAAAGGCUGGAAAUUUCCGGCCCCUCCAACUUCGAGCACCGGGUCCACACUGGCUUCGACCACCGGGAGCAGAAGUUCACGGGGCUGCCCCAGCAGUGGCACAGCCUGCUGGCAGACACGGCCAACCGGCCCAAGCCCAUGGUGGAUCCCUCAUGCAUCACUCCCAUUCAGCUGGCUCCCAUGAAGACCAUCGUUCGAGGAAACAAGCCUCGAAAGGACACCUCGAUCAACGGGCUGCUGGAGGAGUUUGACAACAUCUCAGUGACACGAUCGAACUCUCUGCGGAAGGAGAGCCCCCCCAGGCAGCACCCGGGCGCGGCGAGCCACGCGGCGCGGCCGCGGGAGGAGAACGGCUACGUGGCGUACUCGCGCUACUCCAGCGAGUCGGACGGCGCGCCCGAGCACCUGGGGGAGAGGUGCCGCGACAGGGCGCUCUGCGGGGACGAGCUGGACAGGUUCUACAAGCACAACGGCCACGUGCUGAAGGUGACCUCCCGGGACAUCUACUACUCGGAGGUGACGCCCCUGCAGUCGGAGCUGGCCAGGUUCCUGCCGGAUUACCAGGCACAGCUGGAGCCCAAGGCCAAGGCGCUGGAGUACGGCCUGAAGCUGGAGUACCAGCGGGUCCCCAGCGGCUCCUCCCUGGACUACAGAGAUUCCUUCCCCUACGCCCCAUCCCGGGCAUCGCUGCAGAGCGAGUGCCCCAAGGAGAGGCUGGAGUACGGGGACGGUGACUGGGGACACGGCCUCGGCAAGGAGGACUACGACAAGAGGCCAAAGUCGUCCUACGUGGACCCUGCGAGCCCUCAGCCGGCCAUGAGGCAGAGGUCCCGCUCCGGCUCGGGCCUGCAGGAGCCGGCCAUGCCCUACGGAGCCAGCGCCUUCAAGGCUCACCAGCAAGGACAUUGCUACAGCUCCUACACCUACCCCCGGCUGUCCGAGAGCGCAGCAGGCGUGCCCAAGGUGGAUUAUGACCGAGCACAGCUGGUCGUCAGCCCGCCGCUCUCUGGCUCCGACACCUACCCGCGGGGCCCGGCCAAGCUACCUCAGAGCCAGAGCAAGGUCAGCUACUCCAGCAGCAGCUACCAGUACCCUCUGGUGUACCACAAGGCACCCCACUACCAGCAGCCUCCCCUCCAGCCCGGCUCUCCCUAUAUCUCCACGGCCUCGUACCCCAGCUCCCCCAGCAUCACGUCAAGUGCUUAUCCCCCGCCCAGCUGGGGCUCCUCCCCGGAGCAGCAGCCCUCCAGGGUGUCCCACGAACAGUUCCGUGCUGCCCUGCAGCUCGUGGUGAGCCCCGGGGACCCCCGCGAGUACCUGGACAGCUUCCUCAAGAUCGGCGAGGGCUCCACGGGCAUCGUGUGCAUCGCCACCGAGAAGCACUCGGGGAAGCAGGUGGCUGUCAAGAAGAUGGACCUCAGGAAACAGCAGAGAAGGGAGCUGCUCUUCAACGAGGUCGUGAUCAUGAGGGAUUACCACCACGAGAACGUGGUGGACAUGUACAACAGCUACCUGGUCGGGGACGAGCUCUGGGUGGUGAUGGAGUUCCUGGAGGGCGGCGCUCUGACCGACAUCGUCACGCACACCAGGAUGAACGAGGAGCAGAUCGCCACGGUGUGCGUGUCCGUGCUGCGCGCCCUGUCCUACCUGCACCACCAGGGCGUCAUCCACCGCGACAUCAAGAGCGACUCCAUCCUGCUCACCAGCGACGGCAGGAUAAAAUUGUCUGACUUCGGCUUCUGUGCCCAAGUGUCAAAGGAGGUCCCCAGGAGGAAGUCCCUGGUUGGGACACCCUAUUGGAUGGCACCCGAGGUGAUAUCCCGCCUGCCCUACGGCACCGAGGUGGACAUCUGGUCCCUGGGCAUCAUGGUGAUGGAGAUGAUCGACGGGGAGCCGCCGUACUUCAACGAGCCGCCGCUGCAGGCCAUGCGCCGCAUCCGGGACAACCUGCCGCCCCGCGUGAAGGACACGCACAAGGUCUCCUCGGUGCUGCGGGGCUUCCUGGACUCGAUGCUGGUGCGGGAGCCCUCGCAGAGAGCCACGGCCCAGGAGCUGCUGAGGCACCCCUUCCUGAAGCUGGCCGGGCCCCCGUCGUGCAUCGUGCCCCUCAUGAGGCAGCACAGGCACCGCUGAGCCUUCCUGGGACAGCUCCUGGCUGCGGGACCCGCACGGAGGAGGAGGAGGAGAGCCUUGAGGAGGAAGGCAGCCCUGUGGGAAGCCGUGUCCAGAACCCCGGGGCAGGCAGUGCCCCCUGGGGCACGGCCACGCUGAGCUGCACCGCGGGCCGCCGCACUGCUGCUCCUGAAGAACACUUUUCUGACAAAACAAAGCACUUUUUAUCCCGGUCAGAGCAGCGCAAUGUAUUUUGCAAGAAGUUUGUAAUUUUCUGUACAGUACGUUUUGAUAACUUGCAGUACUUUGUCAUGUAACUGUUGUGUUAGUUAAGUAAUAAGUGUAACUUAGCGAGAAUUUCAGAAGAUGAAGUUUCCUAUUUUUUUUAACCCUUUUGAAAACAGAAGAAAAAAAGACAAAAAAAAAAAAACAAAAAGAAACCACAGCCACCUUUAGGAAGUUGUGAGGUUUUCAGAGCUCCCGUGGGGUGAGGAGGGGCUGGCCCUGCCCUGCUGGCUGUCCCCUUUCCCGGGCUGGGAGCCAGCCCUGCCCAGCCCCGCUCCAGACGGGGCUCACCCCUCUCGUUCUGUGCCCCACAGCGGCCUCCGUGCCUGCUGCAGUGCCCAGGGAGAGCAGGAGCUGCUCCUGCCUGCCCAGGAGCCCCGGAGCAGGGAGGGGAUGGGCUGCCAGGCGUGUGCCAUCCAGGAGCAGUCGUGCUGCUGUCUAGACCUUUCUGAAUGUUGAUGCAACAGUUGACUACUGCGGUACAAUUUUGUGUUAUUUGUUGGAUGACUUUGCAUGUUAACUGUAGGCCUAAAUAGGUUUGCCUUUAAAAUUUUUAGAAGUGCUUCAUAAUUACUUCGAUGAGAAACUAAUUUUAUUUAUUAACAAUUAGUUGUUUUUAAUUCUGUAUGAUACAAAAGCCAUGUUUUUCAAGUUUGGUUUUUUUUCUUACUGACCUCAUUUUAUGGUAUCUUUAAGAACCACAAAGCCAACUUUGUGAACACAGUUUCUUUCUUAUUAUAUUUCAUAGUUAAUAAAUUAAUUGUUAUUUAUUGUAGUAAAUUAUAACCAAACAUCUACACCUGGCAGGAGCUGUUGCUUAAAGAUCUUCCUCUGGGAGAAAAGAGUUGCCAAUGGUAAAAAAGCUCCUCUAGUUCUGCCCUUAAAGAAUAUUUGGAGGGAGAGAAGCAAUUAAAAAACAAAAGAAAAAAGGAGAUAAGGACGAUCUGGAGCAUGGAAUAGCUGAUCUUACACCAGUGUCUUAUCCCCAGUGCUCUCUCUCCCUACCCCUGUUUGCACAUUUGAAGAAGACACUGAAGAAAAUGUUUGGCUCCCAGAGCCCACCCAGCAGGGAGCACCCCCAGCCUCCCAGGGCUCUCUUUUGUAGUCUUGACAACUCAGGAAACCAGGCUGCACCAGUCCAGGCAACGGCACAACUUCAUACUAGCUACAAAAUUACCUUUUUUAACCAUCUUUGAAUAAAAAAGGGGGUUGGGGGGAGUUUUUUCUUCAAUAUUCAGCACAUUUUAGGCUGUACAAGUGAAGAAUUUUCUGCAACUUUCUUAUCAUUAGAUACUUUAAGCAGUGUUCAUCGAGUUUACCGAGAGUUUUGUCGAUUUCAAAGGGGUUUUUUUGUGAACACCAGCUACUGGUGAGACAAAUGCACAUGCAAGUUAAAUAAAUUAAUUAAUAAACACUUUAA